AAAAAAAACAAAACAAGAGAUUUUUAUCAUCCUAGUCAUUCCCAAGCCCGAUCCACUUUGAAACCCUAAACAAAGUUGAGGCCCAAGGUCUCCUUUCAAGGGCCAGUUCCCGCGAAUUGGGCUUCAUCACGAACAACAACUGUACCAUCUUCUUCCCCCCUACACAGCAUGACUGCUCACUCUACUGAGGCUCAAGGAACUUCUUUCCCAUCUGUCUCAUCCCCGGUCGGUCCCUUCGUCUUUGCAAAUUCAAAUAGCUUCACGUUUUAGAGUUCCAAAAUACCAGACGAAGCUUUACAAGACGGAGGUUUCCUGACCGACUUCUAAACUCUUCACAUUUCCUCUUGUAAAAACUUAUCUCUCCUAUUGAGAUCGGGAAACGAAGAAAAGUUAUGAUUGAUCGUCUUAGUCCAAAUGGUUUCUUCCUGGUUGAACAAUUGUGGAUUUCAUGUGGUUGUUUGAGGUGAUGAAUGGUGGAAGCCAUGGCUGAAAACCCUAAAAUUGGUGUAAAAAAGCCUUUCAAACUCCCCCCCAGUUCCUCGCCUCCGUUGGUCAAAUCCCCUCGCCUCCCCGUGCAUCUCGACGCGCCUGACAUAUCGCCGGCUGCCAAAACCGUUUGCAAAGUCCUGGUCAGAGCCUCGCCAAAUGAUGUAGAAGCCGCGCUCUCCGCGACGGGAGUAGUUCCGUCGCCAGAGCUUGUCCAAGAAGUUCUAAGGGUUUCUUACAACUAUCCGUCGUCGGCGAUCAAAUUCUUCCGGUGGGCGAGGCAGUUGGCGAAGCAGUCGGCGUACUCGUGGAAUCUGAUGGUUGAUUUGCUGGGCAAGAAUGAAUUGUUCGAUCAAAUGUGGAACGCCAUCCGCACCAUGAGAGAAGAAAAAGUCCUUUCAUUACCAACUUUCGUGUCUGUUUUCGGGAGUUAUUGUUCGGCUGGCAGGUUCAAAGAUGCGAUUAAGAGCUUUGAAGUGAUGGAUAGGUACGACGUCGAGAAGGAUGUGGUGGCGGUGAAUUCUCUACUGAGUGCAAUUUGCACCGAGGAAAAUCAAACAUCAAAGGCUUGGGAGUUCUUUAAAAAGCACAAAGAGAAGAUUCCUCUAGAUGGGGACUCAUACGCCAUUUUAUUGGAAGGAUGGGAGAAAGAAGGCAAUGUGGAGAAAGCCGAGGUUACAUUUGAUGAAAUGGUGAAAAGAGUUGGUUGGAAUCCUGAAAAUGUUUCAGCUUAUGAUGCAUUUUUGAUAACAUUGGUUCGUCGGGGCCAAUCUGCAGAGGCAGUUAAAGUUCUACUAGAAAUAAAGAACAAUGGUUGCUCUCCAGGUUUGAAAUUCCUAUCCAAUGCUCUUGAUAGUCUCAUUAACCAAAAUGAUGCAACCCAUGCGAUUCUAUUGUGGGAUAUAGCUGUAGGAAAUGGAUUAGUUCCAAACUUGAUUAUGUACAAUGCCAUAAUCGGAUUGCUUAGUGAGAAGGGUAAAAUUGAAGACUCAUUUCGGCUCUUGGACGCCAUGGUUUUCCAUGGAGCUUUUCCCAACUCCCUCACUUACAACCUGAUCUUCAGCUGUUUGAUUAAGAACAAGAAAGUUAAGGAAGCAAGCCAAUUUUUCAGGGAAAUGGUAAAGAAUGAGUGCCCUCCCACCCCUUCUAAUUGUGCUGCAGCUAUCACAAUGUUGUUUGAUGGUUAUGACCCUGAAACAGCCAUUGAUAUAUGGAACUUCAUGGUUGAUAAUAACAUCAAGCCUAUGGAUGCAAGUGCAAAUGCACUGCUUAUUGGUCUCUGCGACUUGGAUCGAUUAACAGAGGUUAGACGAUUUGCUGAUGAUAUGCUAGAUCAACGAAUCGGAAUAUUCGAAUCGACUAUGAAGUUCUUACGGAAUGGUUUCUAUCAGCAGAGGGGAAGAUUCAGAGAUAGUUAUGAUAGUCUUUUUCGUAGGUGGAGAGACUCCUAAACUUUGUAGUUUUUGCCCUCUCUUCAUCCAUUUUUGGUGUUUUCACAAGCUUAAUACAUAGAAACAUUAGUGAUUUCCUAGAGGCAAGUAGGGUUACCUGUUCUACACAAAUCAUUUUGACCUUAGCAAUUUCACCUACUUCAACUUAUCAGAAGCUCUUUUUUCUCCCUUAC